CGUGUAUAUAAGCCGAGUCUUGUCCGAGACGCUGGCUACAAGCUAAGCUAGUUCUGUCUGCUGCUUACCGUCUUCCAACUGCCAUCUGUCGUUGGAACGAUAAAUAUGGAUUUUUAUGAAAAUGUGUUUAUGAGGUUAUUACUGUUAAUGGGGCUGACGGUAGCUGUUGCCUCGCAGUGAGUAUCUGUUAAACUUGAUCUAGCCGUGUAGAAAGAGUGUGGUUGUGAUUGGUAUAUGCAAUUUAAAGUUUGGCUUGUGCAGUAGUUUAUCUUUUCAAACAAAUCUUUUUUUAAUGCUUAAAACAUAUAGGCCUACGCCCUAUUCCGUACAGUUGUGUGACAUUAAUACCUGAGGUAUAAAAAUUUAAAACAUCUGGCUAAUCUUUAAACGUCUCUUUAGAAUCGUAUUGCUGUAUAGUUAAAUGUAAGCGCGAUGGUGAAAAAACAAACAAGUGAUGGAGACUUUGAUUGUUCACGACCAUCAUUUAAUGUCAGGUUCUGUCUAUUCUCUUUUACAACUAAUAUCUCUAGCUUCAUGGAAAUCGACUGUGUUAUUUUCUUACUAAUUAAUGGAGUUGGGGAAAAAAAUAACCAUGUUCACAUAUUUUGUUAUUAUUUAAAUAUCUUGUAAAAAUUAUAUUUGACAAAAACAGAAGGAAACACGAGUAGUCCUCUUUUAAGGAGUAAUUUAUUUUCCUUUCCAAUGUGGAACUCAUUUUAACAGCAACACGGGGAGGACUGGGUUCAGGGUGAAGCCAAUAAGAAGCCAAGGGUAGUGGAGAACCAUGAAGCACAACUCAUUUUAACAGCAACACUGGGAGGACUGGGUUCAGGGUGAAGCCAAUAAGAAGCCAAGGGUAGUGGAGAACCAUGAAGCACAAUUCAUUUUAACAGCAACACGGGGAGGACUGGGUUCAGGGUGAAGCCAAUAAGAGGCCAAGGGUAGUGGAGAACCAUGAAGCACAACUCAUUUUAACGCCCACAUAAAAGCUGUCGCUCUACUGCACUGUGAUAAAGCUUUACGCUCACGCCAAAGCAAAACAACAAAACAUGAAUCUACGAAACUUUUAUUACCCGGGCUCUAUUCCCGUUAUUGAUUCUGAAUUCAUUUGUCCCGUUUGAAAAAGCACUAAAAGGUCUAGAGAAUUAUUUCUUUGAAAUCAAUAAGAUGCGUUUUGAUGAAUGUCAUUAUCGUCGUAUGUUUUCAUUUUUUCUGGUUCAAGCACACCAGAGACCUCAAAGCAAAGUUAAAACACAUUUAAGAACAAAUUAAAAACGCCUUUGUCUAUUUCUGUUUCUCUAGCUUCAAAAUGAAAUAAAAAUAUUUAAAAAAUGAUACUAGAACUCUGCUGUCACUAUUUAGCCGGGCUAAAAUCCCCCAAAAAUCUCAAUCGUGUCUCUGAGAUGGUAAAUCAAAAAAUGUAAAUCUCUGCGUUGAAGAAGGAUUCGGGGGAUCGGACGAUUUUUUAAUAUUUUUUUACGGUACUUUUGGAUCCGAUGGUAACAGACGAUUUGAGCAAUAAACCGAACGUCGUGACGUAACUGGCUGGUCACCACCUUUUGUUUUAUCCAGACAUAUCUGGCUUGAUCGAUCGUUUCGUGGAACAGAUUUGAUCAGACGCAACUGUCAAGGGACAAGGUCUAAUCUUGGUCUAGAUAAACACAUCUUGUGAAGUAAUUCCAAGCAGGGAUGGUUCUGAAAUUUGCAAUGAAAAGAGGAAACAAUAGGGCAAAAGUCGGCUCUCUUUGUUAUAAGACAAAAGGCCACUUACUACAAUGCAGAAAUAAUUAUGUCAUGGUUUUAUUACGUUAAUUGAGGUUAAUAUUGUAUUUCACAACUCUCAAAACAGCAUGAAGCGGCAUGGGAAAGAUGUACAGUCUGGCGUGGGAAUGAUGUACAAUCUGGCGUGGGAAGGAUGUACAGCCGUACAGACAAAAAAAUUACUUUGGAAGUUUUAAAUUUAAAAAAAAAAAAAAAAAUUCAUUGUGAUUAUUGAGGGGUUUAAAAAUUCGUUUUCUAAUCAUCAUUUUCGAAAAUCGUUUUUAAAAGAAAUUUUUGUAACGAAAUUAUCAGCAAACGGACGGGUUAGACUUAAAUUUACUGUAAAUUAUGAAAAUAUAAACCUACAAAUAUAGGUUUUGUCACCAACACAAUUUAGUAGGUGGCUGGUUUAAACAGGUCAAUCUUAAGCUGGGGGCAAUACGAUAGAAAGAAACAUAUUCAGGAUUUUUCGCGCUAAGCGUUUUCGCGUUAAACAUAUUUCCCUGUAGAUAAUAAAUAUGAAAUGUCAAUUUAUUUUUACAUUUCAAAAAAUUUUAAAAUCUGCGAAUCAUUCUCGUUCAAUUAUAAGCUUAAUGCUUCAAUGUGGAUUUUGUGUUUUUAAACUAAAGAGUGGCGGAGUCAUCUUCGUUGCCUUUUGUCUAGUCCAGUGAAAGGUCCGAGACGAUUGAUCUUUCAGCUGGAAGCUGGUCUUCCUGUCCCUUGGGUACACACUUUCUAAUGAGCCGGGGUUCAGGGUGCUUUGAGGGAUGAUUCGUUUCUCUCCCAUUGGCGUUAACCCGGGGCGAAUUCUAUCAAAGGUGUAAACAUAGAGGAUAUUGUCAAACAGAAGGUUUAGGCGAAACUUGAUUAACAGGCUUCAACUAGUUGUUGUAAUUAUACGAAUAUCAAGCAAUGGUCAUUUUUAGACCACUUUCGUUCAGAACUAUUGUAUGCUGAGAUAUGUUUUUACAGAUGUGUGCAUGGGCGCCCGCAGAAAACUUUCUAGGGGGGGGGGGGGCAAAAAAUGGUUUAAUUUUCCAGGGGGGGGGGGAAAAAAUUUUUUAAUUUUUUAGUAAUGUUUUAAUGUAGUUUUAAUUUACUGUAGCGUAUUUGUAUGGUGAACGAACGGACAGGACAUCAGCUUAGUUACUUUCUCUUUAUUUUCUCUUUACUUUAAUAAAUUUUUGGUCUAUUUUUGUCUAAUUUUUUUUAAUCCAAUCAAUCGGGGGAGGGGGGGGGCAAGUGCCCCAACUUGCCCCUACCUCCGGGCGCCCAUGGAUGUGUGCAACAUUUAAGGAACUAAAUUAAAUGCUACUGUCUUCUGGCUCUAUGGCUUAAGUGACUUUCAAAAAUUGAGAGAGCAACACUGUCCUGUAAAUUAAGAAAUGGCAGGAUCUGUAUUUUGGGGUUUUAGUAGAAAUUUCAAAAUUUGUGUGAAUUUGGUUUACUGAUUUGAUAUAAUAAGCAACUUAUUCAGUAAAAUAUUAUGAAACGGGUCAAUCACAUUGUCAUUGUUAAGUUUGAGUACCCCAGCAAUGGUACCAUUUAAGUCAACAAGAGAUCUACUAGCUAAUUAAAAUCCACAAGUUGUUUGAUGACUGACAUUGCACAUUCAGCACCAAAGAAAAGACAACUUGUUAAGAAAAUAACGAGUGCGUGGUUUCUUAGCUCUAAAGUUUGAGCUCACAUCUCAAGAUUCAGACACACGCAAGUGCAAUGAAGAGCGCCCUCUUCCGGUCCCUUGACGGUUUCCUGCCAGAGGGAUAGCUCUGACUGGCACGGGGUUUUAUGUACACGGCAAUCAUCAUGUCCGAAGAUUUACAAUACGGUAACACUGCUCAAAUUUCCACGUCUGCUGGCGCUUUCUUGUAGUCAUGCUUUAAAAAAAAACAGCUGUGGUUAUUAGGUCAAUAAAAAUGGGAUCUUGAUGCCUAAUGUAUUGAUUUAAUAAUUCUGAGGCCAGUGCCACUGAGUUUAUAAUAAAGCCUAGUAAAUCAAACGUUUUAUUGUGUGCUCCUCUUAACUGACUUUGAUGUCAAUAAAUCCAUUUUAUUUUUCUUACAGCAGAAAACAAACAAUUAAGGACAUGCUUAGGGAGGAGGGGGUGGUGUUGUUUGCUGUCCUUAGGGGUGUCAUUUAGGAAGGGCAGGGUGGGGCAUUUGCCCGCCCCUCUCAUAAAUUUGCAGGUUUUAUUUAAAUUGCUGUGUACUGUGACUCCUCCAGUAGUAAACAACUUAACAAGGCGACCAAGUUUAAGUUUUGUCCCCCUCCCCCCUACCCCUUUUUGGAAAAAUCUGAAAUGACGCCCUUGGCUGUCCUACGAGUUAUAAUCCAUAAUGGACGGCCAAUAGAGAUACAUACAAUGUGUGAUAAAAAUGAUCGGACCAAAAAGAAAUUAAGAUGAAAUGGGUCACAAAAGUAAAGACUAGUGUCACUGUAUCGCUUAUUAAACAAUAUACAAACCUACUUUACUGUCAAACUUGUAAAGCUCUUAGUGGACAAAAUGAUAUUCACUAUCUUUUUUUCCAUCGACAUUUUCCACGGGCCACACUCUCUGACGCAAAUCUUUCCACACUCGAGCUUGCGUCGCUCCCUAAUUGUCAUAAAUGUUUGCCUCGUAGAGUUACGGCUAUAGAUGGCGGCCAUUCUAUUCAUCAAGUUUUUCUAAGCUUCUGUAAGACUCAUUAAAAAAAAAAAAAAACAAUAUUAAAUUGCUGAGAUGUUGUGAGUCAAGAACGCUAAAAUAUUCCAGCUUACUGCUAAAAUAAUUCUUAAUUUUUCUUUUUUUAAAUAUUUCAUUUUUUGAGUGACAGUUGCUCUAAUUUACAUGCUACACAACUAUGAGGGUUUCUGAAAUUCAAAGUCUUCAAAACGUAAUGGUUACCUUUUCUUCAAAAACAAUACAAAACAAUUAUUGUCAAAACAAACCUCAUUUUAAGUCUUGACACAAUAUCGUAUGUAAAUGUGGAAACAAUAGCAUAGGAACAUAUAUUAAAAUAGUAGUACUAUACAACACAGUAGUAGUACAAUUAAAGCACAGGAGUAGUACAUUACAUCACAAUAGGAGUACAGUACAACACGGUAGUAGUGCAAUAAGGCACAGUAGUAGUAAAAUGUAUCACAGUAGUAGUACAAUACAACACAGUAGUAAUACUGUACAGCACAGUGGUAGUACAAUACAACACAGUAGUAGUGCUUUUCAGUAAAAUGUAAAAUUAAUUCAGUUGAGCAUUUGACCCUUCUCCUUAUCUAAGGCUUACGUAUGGAGCGUAUUUUAAGACGUGGCUGAUCAAUCUUGGUUAGCAUUAAAUUUUGACCCUUCACUUUAUCUAAGGACUACGUAGUGAGCGUAUUUUAAGACCUGAUCAGGGGUGGACUGGGGAGUUCCAGCGGCCCGGGAACAAAAUCUAAGCGGCCCGGGAAAAAAACAAAAAGCGGCCCUAUCUUCAUGACUUUUAUUUGUAUUAUAUCACCGGUCCUAGCGGCCCAUCGGGAAUCUUCCCGGUGUCCCGGCGGCCCAGUCCACCCUUGCCCGACUGAUCAAUCUUGCUUAGCAUGUGACUUUUCCCCUUAUCUAAGGCCUACGCAGUGAGCGUGUUUUAAGACCUAGCCGGUCAAUCUUGCUUAGAAUUCGCCUCGAUUUUUCAGGGGUUUUCUAUUCACCAUGCCAAAAGCUCUUCGCCAAGGAACCCAUUCGCAGUUCUGCUUGACGAUGUAUGGCAGUAAAGAGUACACCUACCCAAUCACGAUGAAACUUCUGAGAGAUGAAAAAGAAAGUCUGGCGAUUUCAGACGUUUACACAGCUGGUAAGAUUUCCUAGUCAUAUACAGACUAAAGGUCAUUGGAAAAUGCAGCACCGACUAGUCUAAUUUGUGUAGGCCAUUUACUAAACAUUAGUAUAGUCAUUAGUUGUGUGCCUUCUGUGUAUUAAAAACAAAAUAUAACCGAAGCCUUGAAUAAACGUUUAAAAUUACUUUACAAAUGUUUCAGUAAAGUUUAAUUAUUAUGGAAUGUGCAGUUUUGACCCAUGGCUUCCUAAAUUAGCUAUGGAAAACUUUUUCAGAGGAACAGAAAUGCAAGAAAUUCCAAGUUCCUGAGAGUGGGGCUUAUAAACUUUUAUUAUCCAAUGAGACUGGCACCAUCCAGGAACCAGUGGAUAUAACUGUUCAAGCAAGUAAACUCAUCACGUUUGUACAAACUGAUAAACCAAUGUACAAACCUGGACAGACAGGUAGCUAGCGAUCAUUCAUUUUUUGCAAUAGUUAUUUUGGCCUAUUAAAGUAAUAAAGCUGUUACAAUAAUAUAUCCCACUAUUAUGUUUUGAUUUCAUUUGACUAAAUAAGUAUUAUGUCUUUUUUUUUAAAACAAAAAUUGGGGGAGGGGUUAAAAUAACCGGUUUAUUGAAGCCAAAUUAAACUUUCAUUUUAUAAUACUUUGGAGUUCAUUAGUACAUAUUACCUGUAUCCUUAUCAUUAAAACAAAAUUUUCAAGACUAAUUUUCAUUUUUCUAAAUUCCCUCAGUUAAAUUUCGAGUGUUCACUCUAAUGAGUAAUCUAAAGCCAAGAUUGGGACAGGUAAGCAGAUGUUAUAAUUUUAAUUAAUCAUUGAAAGUGAUAACAAAUUUUUAAAAUGUCAAUAAAAAAGCACUGUACUAUAUAAUUAAACAAUAAAAAUGCGUUCAAACAGAAAUUUGGCGCACAAUUUUAACGUGUGAACUGAAAAAUAGGUUCGACCAAAUUUCCGUUUGAUCAAAUUUUAGUCGAUCAAUUUUCCGAUAAAAUUUCUUUCAAACAAAUUUCCGGAUACGCAAUAUCAGAGAACAUUUUAUAUACAUUUUAAAAAAUAUUACUUUGAUAGAAAUGUGACUACACAUUUUUUUUUUCCAAUUAUCAUUUUCAGAUAAAGAGUAUUUAUGUUAAAGACCCGAAUGAGAUGAGAGUGAAACAGUUUUUAGAUGUCGAGACAAAAGGUAAAAAUAAGAAGACCACAAAGAAAAAUCAUGUUUAGAUUAAUCAGACUGUGACUGCUGCGAUUUUACUGGAAAAUUAAAAGAAUUUUAAAAAUAAGUCUUUUUAUAUCAUAGUUACAUAUUACCUAUUAUUCCUUGUAAAAUUAAAUUGUACAAAUUAAUGUGGUAGACCUAGCAUAGGUUACAGUUAUUGAGACAUAAUAGUUUCGAAAAAUACUGUUCUUCCCUUUUAAAGAAUAAAAUCAGAAAGAAUGUGUCUACUGGUAGUUUACGACUCACUGAUAGCCUCUAGGAAGGGCAGGGAGCUAUUUGUAGUAAACUACCAAUAGCUUCUAGAGAGCUAUUGGUAGUCCAGCCAAUCAAAUCAAACCAAAAUCUUAGCUUUAAGAAUCUGCUUCCAUUGAGACUGUCGAAGUAUUGCCCCGUUCAUUUAUUACUAGUUUGUACUAGUGACAACACCUUGGCACUUAUUAUAAAAUCUUAUAGUGUUGUUUUAAAGUUUGAACACUAUCUGCUGUAGCCCUCCCCAUGCUCAGAUUUGGCUAUCUUGCUAUAUAAUUUAUAAAUAAACCUAAUAUAGAUCUUAGGAUGUAUGAUACUGGGGGGAAGGGGAUUAUAGUCUGAAAAAAUGUUACCCAGCUACUUCUUUGCCAAGGCCAAAAUAAGAUGUGCAGUCAAAAUAAAAUACAGCUCUAAACAUUUUGUAUGUGCUAACUAUUAUGAUUAAAAUUAUUAAUUAAAAUACAGCCCUAAAUAAUUAGAAAAUAAGAAGUUUUACUGCAUACAAUGAGUUCAUAUUAAAAACAAAAUAUUGUUACUUUAGUUAGGCCUAAAUGAAACUGUAUUAUUUCGUGAUUAGGCUUAACGAUGAUAAAAAUUAAAAUAAGCUUAGGCCAAUCAUUGUUUAGAAAGAUGGUGAAAUGAACCAACACCACCCCACACCCCCUUACCCUGCUUUUGAUUUUCUGUUGUUGGAAGAAAUGUCUACCGAGUGUUAUUUACAUAAAUGAGCCCUCAUCAACUUAUAACGGUAUCAAUAUAUUUUUAAGUACAAUUAAAAACUUUCAUUGGGUAUAUUGUGCAAACAUAACCCAAAUUAAUCAAUUUAAUGUCUAGAAAUCACUAAUUUUUUAAAAGUGCUAUGGAGAAUCAGUGUUUUAAAAUGCUUAUAAUUUUGAUGAAAACAUAAGCAGAGAUAAAUAAAUAAAAUAAAAUAUAUACAAAGAAAAAAAAAUGAGUGUAUUAUGUCUUGAAAAUCCGAUUGGAGUGAAUUUAUGAGACUAAAUACAAACAAUAAAUUUUGUUGGCACAUAUUUUUUUUUUUUUGUGGCAAGGUACAUAGGCCUACUUGAGAGUGAUUUCAGUGUUGUAAUCAAAAAUAAAUUGUGACUACCAAUAAUUAUUGCGCUGCAUCAAUAUAUCACCAAUUGGUAGGUUUUUUUUAUAGUAAACUAGCAAUAACCGCUUAGAAGCUACUGGUAGUGGAGUACCAUUAGCUCACUAGAAGCUAUUGGUAGUUUACUACAAAAUAGCUCUUUAUUAUAAUAAACUACCAUAAGCCACAGGCUGUGGCAAAGCCAAUCAGAAACGGUAAAUCAAACUUUUUAAAAUUCAAAUUUGAAUUAAAACAGUCUGAUUUACCUUAUAAUGAAAUUAAAUUUUUGCCUCGUCACAUUCUCAUAAAUUUUAAUUAAAGAAACUAAAUACUGUUCAAAAUAAAAUGAUCAUUUUAUUUUGCUAUAAUAACAGGAAUAGGCAGUUUUGAGUUUCAGCUGGUUGCAGAAGCAAAGCUGGGCCAAUGGAAUAUUGAAGUUGUGGUUGACGAGUCAGAUGAACAAAAUAAUGAAAUUUCUGUUGCAUCAUUUGAAGUAAAAGAAUAUGGUAAGAUAUUUUUACUAUAUAAUUCUCUAUGUCUAUAUAUAUUACCUGGUAUUACUGGUAUUGAUACUUUAUAGCUGUUAUUUAAAAUGUAUUUGAGCUAAAAUUUGAUUUAAAUUUAAAUACCAUUUAAUUUUUGUUUGUUCAUACACUAAAUCUACUAAAUGAAUUCAAACAUUUGUAUUCAUUCCCCAUAAAAAUUAAGAUAUUUAUUUUUUACAUAUUGUUUCUUUAUUCCUUUAUUCCAAAGUGCUCCCUCGCUUUGAAGUGGUUGUAUUUCCCCCAGCCUACCUGCUUCAUACUGAUGAGAAUAUUGAGGGAAAGGUUUGUGCCAAGUAAGCUCAAUCAAUUCUUCAAUUCCAUAGCUACUACUGUUUUAUUUGAGAGAGUGAUUUUUAAAUAUUUCUCCCAAUAAAAUAGUAAACUGAUAUAGAUAUAUAAUUAUAUAGGCCUAUAUAUAUAUAUAUAUAUAUAUAUAGACACACAAACACAUAAUUCAAGCUUCUACAACCAUUGUUCUAGUGAAUGUAAUUCAGCCUCAUUUGAGAUUAUAUAUCUCUCAAUAAAAAAAAAUAAAGAUAUAUAUAUAUAUAUAUAUAUAGCUAUAUAUAUAUAUAUAUAUAUAUAUAGACACACAAACACAUAAUUCAAGCUUCUACAACCAUUGUUCUAGUGAAUGUAAUUCAGCCUCAUUUGAGAUAUUUUAAAAUGAUUUCUACAGCUAUACAUAUGGGAAGCCAGUUACAGGGUUUCUGGACUUGGAGUUGUGUUGGAUGAUUCCUUAUGGCCCCCCUAAUGGACCUUGCUCAACUCAAACUGUUGAGGUUAGCCAAAAGGGAUAUCUCUUAAUAACUUAUUAAUAUUAUAGAAAUAGUAUAGUAUAACAACAGCUGUUAGCAGAAAAUUAACAUUGAAAGUAACUACAUUCAGGUGUCUUUAGCUUUCCUUUAUUUUUCAGUUCUCUUUCCUCCAAAUUAGCAACAAUAGAAAAUCAAUUUGAAAUUCAAAGUAUUAUUUAUUAUCCUAACCAAUGUGUUCUCCUACUUAAGAUUUCUGGCUGUUAUGAAUUCUCUGUGCCUGCCACAGCAAUAGCUGGAUUAAGUAAUAGCUACUAUGGACGUUUGAAAAUCCAAGCAUCUGUAACAGAGCAAGGCACAGGAGCAGUAGUAAACAAGACCCACGAGGGCCUUUCCUUAUCCUACCAGCCAUUAAAAAUUGAACUGAAAGACUUUACAAAUGGAUACUUUAAACCUGGUCUUCCAUUUUAUGGAAAAGUAAGUAAUAUGGAAAUUUCAUUUAAGGUAACUAGAAUAAGUAAUGGAAUCAGGCAACUCAUUUCAACACUAUGGGAUAUCCAAUCAGUCAGACAUAAAAAAAUGCAAGCAUUUCCUUUAUAUAAAAUUGGCUUACUAAACAGUCAUGAACUCUCAAACUGAUCCCAUUUUAUCCCCACCUUAACAAAUUCCUAAAAUAAUCAAUCCCUUUCACACCCAUAUGUGUUGUAAUCAUGUUAGGUUAAGUAUUUUCAUGGUAAAAUGCUUUAUUAAAAUUCCUAAGGUGCUACUCUUACAUAAAACAGGCUUAAAAGUUGAGGGAAAAUUAGCUUAAAUUAAUUCGUGUUAAAUGUAUUAGUUUUAAUCAGGGCUCAAAAUAUGGUAAAAAAAAUGUAACACUAGUUCUCAACAAAAAAUUUUACAAAGAAAAGUAAAUUAUUUAGUUCCAUUCUUUUCAAUUAGAUUAUUUUUAUGUCACUUCAAAGAGGUAAAACAGUAAAGGUGUAAAUCUAUUAAUUGUAUUAAAAUGAAAAAGGGAAAAAAGUUUGUUGUUCUAGAUUAAAUAUAUGCAUUAACUCUUUGAAUAGUUAGAAAAUACUAAAAAAGAGAAUAAAUAUAGGAACCCGAAAUAUCAAUACAUUGAUCAUGGGCCCUUAAAAUAUAGAAUAAGAAGAAAAUCCUAUCAAAAUAAAAAAAUUGUUCUCUUUAUUAAGAAAAAGGCCCAAGGCAGUGCAGAGUUAUUUGGACUCAAGAAUUUUGACAUUGAAACCAAAAAAGAAAAAUAUAGCCCAAUAUAAUAUAAUAACAUAUGUAAUUUUUUGCCACUAUUAUUUUUAAAAAGCUUUUUGUGAUAAUUAUAUAACAUUAAACCACAUGAAUUUCUUGCACUAAUAAGCUGAUAGAUUUAUUAUACCUCUUCUAAAUAAAUGGGAUUAAAAAAUCUGUUUCUGAAGAAAUAAAAAUAUUAUGUUAUUUCAAAUGAGUUAUUUAUGCCUUAGAUUUGACUCAGCACAUUCCCAAAUAGCAUCAGUAUUGUUUAUGUACACAUUGUCUAAUUUAAAAGAUUGUAUUAAUUCUUCUAGGCAAUUGUUACUAAACCAGAUGAGACUCCAGCAGUUGGAGAAUCAGUUCGCAUCACUGCAGAUGAUUAUAAGAAUAAUCUAAGAUUCUCCCAAGAAUUUGUGACUGAUAGUUCAGGAACCAUCAUGUAUGCCUUGUGUGGAGGAUUUACAGAGAACACAACAUCAAUAAGCCUUGAUGUAAUUAUGAGUUGUCGACAUAUUAGCUUAAAAGUGCUAUAAUUAAUCUUGAGUCACAAUAAGAAUAUAAAUAACAAUUUUAAUUUUAAAAUAUAGACAUUUGUUUUAUUUUUAAUGAUAAAUUAUGAUUGAAAAAAAUUACUCUUUUGUUUUGUGGGUUUGAUACUAAUCUUUAUCGAUAUCAUCAAAGUAAUUGAAAGUUUCAAAGAACAUAAUGUUAUUUGUAGAUCUGUCAAGAAAUAAUACUAAAGAGACAGUUAUUGAAACAAUGAUUUAUUUUCAGAAUGUACAGUUGUUUCCUAUUUAAAAGUUUUCUCAAACUUAAAGACUAACACAUUAAUUUUUAUCAAGAAAGACAACUUUUUUUUAACACUACUGCAUUUUAAGAAUAUGCCAUUGUGUUCCCUUUAAUAGUUUACUACAUUUUUUCCCAGGGUCAUUUUUGAUGAGUAAUUUUUGUCUGUUAAGUAGAAAUUCAGUAUAUUAAUAUAUUAAGAACAUAUGAUCACUCUACAGACUUCUUAUAAUCAAUCAAUAUUUUUAACAACAGGCUGAAGUGUUAAAGUACAGAGGCAGCCGUCAAUACAUGCGUGACUAUAGACAAAUCAAGCAAUGGUUUUCGCCAUCUCUUAGUUAUUUGCAAAUACCAAGGAAUGACUCCCGUCAAAAGUGUGGGUCCAGUCUGAAGCUGAACAUUCCAUUUACCACCAGAGAUGACACGACUCUACAGUUUAACUAUCAGGUAAUUUUAAUGAGGUCAAAUAAAUUGUUUAGGUUGUAUCAAAAUUAUUUUUUCCCCCAUUUACUUUUCUUUUCCUUUAAAUUUAUUCAUUUGAAAAGCCAGGCUGAGUGGUUAAACUCAUAUUUUUAUAAAAUGUUUUCACUCUAAAAAAUAAUUAUUGUGGAAUAAAUAUUUGUAAGUGUAAGUUUAUAAUAAUUAUAUUUACACUGGCAAUUGUGUUGUUAGAUGAUUGGUGGUACUGUUUAAUUUUAAAAGGAUUGGCUUUAUCUUUUCAAUUUUCAUAAACAUUCCAAAAUAAUGCACUUAAAAAAAGAACAUCUUAUUAUUUUUCUUUGCUAUUUUUAAGAUUUGAUAUUUAGCUGUUGACUGAAGGACUGCAGUGAGAUUUUUAAAAAGAUAAAUGGUAUUUAUGCAUCCUCUUGCUUCUAAGCAUAUGCCUUUUAGGAAUUCAUAAAUAAUUUUUAAAACUACAUAUAUAUUUUUGAAACAGACUAUCAAUUUAUAUAUUUUUCGGAUAGGUGAUGGCUCGUGGAAACGUCAUAAGCUCUGGUAUAGUCAAUUACAAUGGGAAGACUGUUAAUUCAGUUAUUGUUAAUAACCCAGCUUCAGAAACAUGCCUCAAGCAGGAAUUCUUUACACCACCUCCUGAAGAUACCAAAAGGGCGGAAGUAUUCCCAGAUGUGGUCAACACCGAGAACAAGGAGGGUAUUACCGAUGUUGCGGAAAAACCCUUAAACUCUAGUGAAGAUCUGGACACAAUCACUCAGCAGAUAAUGGAUCCACAAAAUUUUAGGAGCCGUUUCUCAUAUCCUAUUGGUAUGUAUAUAAAACAAAUACAUCAUUUACAUUUACUACAGUCACAUAGCUAGUCUAAGUGCUACCCAAGGUAGGCCAAGUCCUUUGUCUUCCAUGAUUAAAACUAUGGUAAUGGCCAAUAAUGCUGCCCCAUUUAUAUACAUUUAAAAAAUGAUGCUCUCUCACUCCUAUGCCCCUGCAUUUACCUUGUUUUAUUUAUCCCUUUGACCAUUUAUGUUAAAAGAAAUGCAUUGAGUCAAUUUUUUUUUUAAACUGGUAACUUAAAAUUUAAAUAAAAUAUAUUAUGUUAUGUCUAAAUUUUCAGAUCAUAACCCAUACACAACCCCUGAUUUCCAAGAAGACAUCAUCAGACCAAAAUUCUUGUCUAACAAAGUGUCCAGCAUCUUCUUAGAUUUACCCAUUACAACAGACAUGUCACCAAGUUUUACUCUGUUGAUCUAUCAUGUCAUGCCAGAUGGUGAGGUGGUGGCUGACAGUAUGCAAUUUUUGGUGGAUCCUUGUUUUGAUAACACGGUAAUGAAAUUAUAAAUGAUAAAAUAGUUAUCCAAAAAGUCUAUUAACAAUCCAUUAAAAAACAAAAAAAGCUUUGGACAUCUAGAUUUAGAAAUACAUUUUGUUAUUCUUUGAGAGUUGCGUUUUUAAAUAUAUGUGACUUGUUUUAAAGCCAUAUGCAGCUUAAUAUUAAAGAAUUUAUAGUAAAUAGGUAGACCAUAUACAUUUGCAUAAAUGGAUUCUUAAAUAAUAUUGUAAUUAUACAUUAUCUUUAAAGGUUAAAAUGGCUUUUAGUGAGACGUUAGUUCUGCCAGGUAACAAAAUUAACAUCAAUCUAAAAGCUGAAGCUGGAUCAGUGUGUGGUGUUGGCAUUGUGGACAAGAGUGUCAAUAUUUUAGGUGGCAAUCAUCAAAUUACACCAGAUUUGGUAAGAUCACCCCCAGUAUCUUUAUUACUUCUUAUUUUAAUAAUACAUCUAGAAAUUGCACUUUUACUUCUUUUUUCAAAAGCAACUAAUGUUUUCAGUCUAUCUCCUCAAAAAUAAAUAUAUUUUUUAAUAGAUAUUUCAGAAGAUUGAAGAGUUCAAUGUUGUGACGUCAGAUUAUUAUUAUGACAAUUCUUAUUGUGAAAAGCGGAUGAAAAAAAUUGAAGGUAUUUAAUUUUUGAAAUGCUUGUAACAAGUUUUCUUUAAAAUUCUUUAGUUUCUUCUAAUUGUAAUAAGGUUAAAUGCCAUCGUUACACAUCUUCAUUUUCUGUUGUGUAUUUUUGAGAGGAAAAAGACCACUUAGUUUAUUUAUUUUUAUGUUCAUUACUUAAAUAAAAAUAAUAUAUUUACACUUCUAUUUAAGCCAAUGAAAACCAAGAUGAGAAUUUUUCAUUCUGGCACUACAGCUCUCCUUAUGUUGAUGCCAUUCAAGCUUUUGUGGUAAUAAUAAAAAUAUAAAUGUUAAUAAGCACUGUGUCAUUUUAGUAUGAGCACAAGUUACAUUCAAGCUUUAUAAAGUCCUACAUUCAGCUGUUUUUUUUGUUAAAAUCACAAAUCAAAAUUUUUUACAUAAGCUUUCAAUGGUUUUAAAUUACAGAGAUAUUUAAAUUUUAAAAAUUUCUAUACAAGGUAGUAAAACAGCUCUUUAAAUGAUUAAUAUAAAGUAAUUAAGCAUUUAUGAAUUAUAUAAGAAAAGCCUUUUUUUUCUUUUUAUCUUAUUCAGUCAUCUGGAUUCACAGUGUUAACAAAUUUACAGUUGGAAACUAGGCCAUGUGGGCGCAGUCAUCCUGUAUUUUAUAGUGAGGGUGGUAAGAUAAUUAUUUAUAUCAUUUUUUUUCCUUCCAAAAGACGUAACCCUAAAUGAAGAAGAUUUAUUUCAUUAAUUAUACUUUUUAAGAACAAUCACAUAAAUUAACAGAAAAUCCAGAGCGCCCACAUUAAAUAUGUUUUGCCCCAUUAACUCAGGUGACUCCUAACAAAAGUAUGCCUAAUCUUUUUAAAUGAUUAUGUUAAUAGUUAAUAAAAUUUACUUGAACAAAGUUAUGAUUAAAGAGAUGAGUUUAAAAUUGAAAUCAGUCUGCUUAACUUGCAGUAGAUAGGGAUUCGGUAAAUAAAAUUACUUAGAAAAUGUAAAUUAAUGAUAUUAAAAUUUUAAUAUCAUACAAAGUCUGACUCCAAAAUAAACAACAAUUAGAAACAAAUGAGAUUUUUUUUAAUAAAUAAGAGUAUAAUGGAUUAAUUAUAUUAAAUUUUUUUGAACAAAUUCCAUAACUUUAAAUUUCAAAAGAAUUUUUCAUGUUGAAUAAUAAAAAACUUUUUUUUUUUCACAUAAAUCGCCUUAGAUACAUAUUAAAACUUAAAUCUUACUAUUGAAUUCAGAACAUCAUGCUGAACUUAAAAAUGUUAUCAGAAUUUCAUUAAAUCAUCAGUUACUGCACUUAAUUUAUAUAGACAGCUAACUGCAGAAAUAAUAAUUAAAAAAUAAUUUUAAUUUUAGCAUCUGUAUUCACUUUUGCAAGAACUGUACCUGAUGUAAAUGCCCCAGUUGAGAACACCCUGAAAAUUAAUUCACUGGUUCGUAGCAAUUUUCCAGAAACAUGGCUCUGGGAUUUUGUUAUUGUAGGGUAUGUGUAGGCCGCCAUACACUAUUGCCAACUAAAUUGCAUUAUCUGUUUGGAAAAAAUUUAAUCUUUUAAUUAUGCUCCUCUUGCAGCAUGAAAUAUUUUUCCUUUUCUAAAAGAUUCAUACAAGAUCUAAAGUAGAACUCUGCUUAAUAUUGUUCAUUUCCAUUACUAAUUUUGAUAAAGAAAGUUGAAAUGCUGACCAACAUUACAAACUGAUUUAACCUGUAUGAAUCUAUCACUACUUCUUUAUACUUAUUUGUUUAUAUAUUAUUAUAUAAGAAAGAUCUGUAGCUAAAGCUACCAGUACUUUCUUUUCAUUUCCACUAAGCUGUUAAUGUAAUAGAAUAUGUAAUAGUUAGAAUGAGAUAGCAUCUCAAGUCUGUGUAACAACAUUCUGGAUUCUAUUUAUGUUUAUACACCACAUCACUUGAUCAUUCACUCCAGGUCUCCAACCAAUAUUAGCACAUUUAAGUUUAAACAUAAAAAUUUAUGAAAACAACUCAUCACAUGCAGUGAUACACCAACACUGGACAAUCAGGUCUAAAUUUCAAUCAAUACAUACAAGAAUAAUCGUCAGUCAUACAUACUGUUGCAGUUAACAGAAUGAAUUACCACAUUAAUAUUUUUAAAAUUUGAGUUUACAUGAGUUUUCCCCUCUAUUUUUAUUCUACUUGAUCUUGUGCUAAUCUACUGUCUUUCUAACCCAGCUAUUAGUUUCUACUGUCUUUCUAACCCAUUUAUUAGUUUCUACUGUCUUUCUAACCCAGUUAUUAGUUUCUUCCAGCAUGAAACUGUAAUUCUAACUGCUUUACUUCUUUUUCCUUCUUGUUGUCUCCUUAUUCUGGGGUUCUCUUCUAGGCAGAGGGUUUGGAAGAUCCUUUGAAGAAUCAGGUGAUACAAUCUUGCUUACAGGAGAAUCUCCAGUUCCAAUUUUUGGAAUACCUGAAUUACCCCACAACAAAGGAAUGAACAGAAAUUUGGCACGCACAAAUUUUCCAGAAACAUGGCUAUGGGAAUUACAUAUUAUUGGGUAGGUUUUUGAAAUAAUUUUAGUAAAUUUAAGCUACGUUCAUGCAAUAUUAAAGAAAUAUUAUUACGGGUAACCAUGCCAUCUCCUGUUAGUAAUUUCCCAUUAAUUUCCCUUUGCUUUUGCUUAUUUUCUACUCUGUUUUAUAAACUUUGCUGCUGCAUCUGCAUGUCUUCAAAACUUUGUUGGUUAAAAAUUUGUUACUUAUAUACAAUGAAAUUAUUUAUGGUUAAGAAGUAAAAUAACAAAAUAAUUCUAUUUAGUUAUUUUGUUUUAUUUUUAAUUAUUUAAGGAUUAAUUAUGUUUCUUAUUAUAGGUUUAUUAUCCUUCUGUCUUAAAUUGUUUCAAAAAUUUAAAAACAAAAUGUUAAUUUUAUUUUUAAAAUAAUUUUAAUUCUAAGCAUUUUUUUAUUAAUCUCCUCGCCUUUCAUGUUUCAAUUUAUAGAUUAUAUAAAUUAAUUAUUUUUUUUAACUCAAAAUUUAUCCAUAAUUAUAAUAUUUAAAACACAAAAAGGAGUUUUUGUUACUUAUAAAAUCAAAAUCUUAUUAUGGAUCUCUUUUUUGAACCAAAAUUAUUAGUACAUUAUGUCUUUAUCAGUGAGACAGGCCAGUCUAACAUUAGUGAGACAACUCCUCACACAAUCACAAACUGGGUUGGCAAUGCUUUGUGUGUUGAUGAGAGGAAAGGCUUUGGACUUUCCAAUGUUGUGUCAGUAACCACUUUCCAGCCAUUCUUUUUGUCACUUCAUCUUCCAUAUGCUGCUGUGCGAGGAGAGAGGCUUCCCAUUUUGUUUACUGUCAACAAUUAUUUAGAAAAAUGUUUACAUGUGAGUGCAAAAUUCCUAUAACUUAAACAAUAUAAUAUUGUCAAAGUAUUACUAUAGGGUAAUUAUUUCUAAAGGUAAAUUCAAUCAGUGUUAUAGCAUUAACACACCUUCAAAAUUUUUAUCAGGCUGUUUUCUUUUCUUAAAUAAUUACAAGUGAUAAUUAGGCACACUUUUGUUCAAGAAAUAAUAGGCCGUUAAUUUAUUUUUUUUUACAUUUUUUGUGUGUUCUGAAAUGGCUUAUGAUUUUUCAUUUUAACAUAUGGAAUUUUAUAAUUUAGUUUAGUUUGAAAAAUAAAGGUAUAAUUGCUGUGUGAGCUGUUGGCAAGGUCAAGUUUCUAUAGAUCAUACUCUAUUGUACUGCAGCAGAUCUCUUUGGGUCUUCCAUGGUUUUAUUUUUCCUGGGAUAUCCAUCUUUGUGCUGUCCUAGGAAAUUAGUUUGCCAUCAGUCUAUAAACAUUACAAAGUCAUCUCAAGUCUGUACAAUUCUGCAAUGGUUACACAAAAAAAUAGUUUGAUACAUUAUAAUUCUUAAAUACUGCAUACAUCAUUUCAGAUUCAACUUGAACUUGAUAUGGGAAAAAAUUUUGAAGUGCACAACAGCAAAGCAAACAAAGAACCACUGUGUCUUUGUGGUGGAAAGUCACACACUGCAAGGUUUUAUGUAACACCAAAACAGAUAGGACAAUUACCAAUAACUGCAAAGGUAUGCACAAUAGAAAGUUCUACCAUUUACUUUGCUAGCUAUCAAAAUUUUAACUUUAAACUUUCAAUUUUAUACAUAAACUAUAAAUCUGCCUAAGAUAAAUUUAAAAAAAACAUCACUUUUUACAAUAAGACAAAUAACUCUCCACAAAACUUGUUACGUUAACAAACUUUUUUGGGCUCUAACCCCUUGAUCCACAAACUGAUCCAUUAGGCCCUCUAACUUACCCCUAAAAAAUCAUUAUUUAGAAUAAUGGUUUGCAUGAAUCCCUAAGGAGAAUAAUAACACAAUGGGAUGAAAAAUAAAAUCAUUUAUUAAACAAUUAAUUGAUAUAAAUGUGAGACCACCACCAAUUUAUUAAUCACCACAGUCCAGCAUGCACAAAAUAAAUUGACAAUAUUUUUAUAGUGGGAUUUGAAAUAAUUAUAUGCAAUCUAACAUUUUUAGGCUGAAAUAAUUCCUGGUCUUUGUGAUAAUAGUAUUGAAGUAGACACUAGGUAUGUUGGGGUGUCAGACACAGUCAAGCGUCAGAUGUUUGUCAAGGUAAAUAGAAGUGUUCUAAAUAUUGUUUAGCUCAUACUAAAAAAUAUUUUAUGACUUUCAUAUUACAUUUAAGUUAAGUUAUUAUUGAAUGAAUUAUUUUAGAGGUUCAUAAAAAAUAAAUAAUAUUCUUAGUAUUAUGUUUAAAAUACCUCAUCAGUAAACAAAUAUUAUUAUUAUUUUUAACUGUCCUUUGUUUUCAGGCUGAGGGAGUUGAACAACAAUUUACACAUACAUUAUAUAUGUGUGCUAAGGGUAACUAUUUUAUUUUAAACUAUUUAUAUUCUUUAUUACCAUGUGGUUGUCCUCAUUAUUUCAACUUCCUCUUUUUUAAGUCCCUUGUAAAUUUUUUUCCCCAUGUUCAUUUUUGAUCUAAUAAAUUUGUUCUACCUUAAACUUAAAUUUGUUUCUUAAUUCAUUUGCCAUACUUUAUAUUCUUAAUUCAUUUGCCAUACUUUAAUUAAAUUCAAAGCCAAACAUUUAUGCUAUAAUUAGAUACAUGAUUAUAUCAAAGUGAAUUUGAAAUAUUUAAAUGUGCAUCACAGUUACUGAGCAUAAAUAAAAUUAUAACAGUUUCAUAAAUAUUUUUCCUUUACAAACUCCAAAAGUAAGCCAACAUAUUUUGCUCUGUUAUAUUUAAAUGUUAAUUAGGAAUGUAGGAAACUAAUUUUUUUUAAAACUUGAUUUCAAAUGAAAUUACAAAAAAUUUCAGAUGGUAAAGAAAAACAAGAAGACAUUAUUCUUCCAAUGCCAGAAGAUGCUGAAAUUGUUAGAGACUCUUCAAGAGGACAAGUUACUGUCAUUGGUCAGUGCAUCUCUUCAAUGAGAAACAUUUUUUUUUUUUAAAUUUAUUUUUUAGAUAAAACAAAUGUUUAUAAUUCUUCAGGACAGAGAAAAAUCGAUUUAGGAUAUCUGACAUAAGUGACACAUAAAGAUGUUAAAGAUAAUUAAUUUUCUAAUAUAAUUAAAUAAAUAAAGUGUUUCCAAAAUGUAGGUGACAUUAUGGGGCCUGCUUUGACCAACCUUGACCAUCUUGUGAGAAUGCCAACUGGCUGUGGUGAACAAAAUAUGGUAGGGUUUGUCCCUAACAUUUUUGUACUCAAAUAUCUCACAAAUACUGGCAGAAUUACAGAGGAGCUCAAGGAUAAAGCUAUCAAGCAUUUGGAGAUAGGUAGGUCAAACAGCAAAACAGAUGUCUUAUGUGUGUGGAUACAAAAAUAUAAUUUUUAAGUUGCUAAGAUACAUCUCCCACACAUGAUUUUAACGAUUAUCAAAAGCUAAAAAUCAGUGUAUGCAUCUGAAAAGAGAAAAAGUCUUAAUAAAAACCAUCUCUUUUCUAUAAUUUACUUCUGGUGAGUCCUGUGUGAGUCCUCCUUUUUUUUUAAACUGCUCUUCCCCAACUCCAUAUGUUUUAUUUUAAUGGUACUGAGUGAGGUAAUGCAAAGAAAAUAUUCUUAAGGAGGGGGGGGGGGGGGGAGCAAUAAGAUUAAUCAAUAAGGAGCCAAGGAUAAGGUGUAGGACUCUCUUUAGGACUGUCUGUAGGCCUAUUGUUUAAAGGCUGGCAGAUAGGAUGUAGGACUGUUUGUAGGCCUAUUUCUAAAAGAACUGUACCCAGUUAAACCAUGGUUAUUAAUUAUAACUAUUAUUGGCCUAUCCUUUUAUGUAAUGAAUAAUAUAGAGGUGUCAGAUAAUUUAUUUUUAAAAAGUAAUUAGUAGCAACGCAUUUUGUUCCAGGUUACCAAAAAGAGUUGACAUAUCGACAUAAUGAUGGUUCUUACAGUGCAUUUGGACAAAAUGAUCCAGAAGGAAGUGUUUGGUUGACUGCUUUUGUUAUUAAAUCCUAUGCCCAAGCCAAACCUUAUAUCUACAUUGAUCCAAAUGAUAUAAAAAUGAGCCUACGCUUCCUUCAACGGAGUCAACUGGAGACUGGAUGUUUCAGAGAGACAGGAAAGGUCUUCAGUUCUUAUAUGAUGGGAGGAAUGGGGAAUGAAAAGAAGAAAGGGGAAUCCUUCACUGCACUUACAUCUUAUGUGGCUAUUGCUCUGCUCACGGCUGGGCUGAAUGAUACAGUAAGUGCUAAAUUUAUAUUUCUUUGUCACCAUCUAAAACAAAAUUUUAGUACUCUUGAACUUGGUCUCAUUAUGGAGCAUAAUCAACAUUACAUUCUAAUUGAUAAAAAUUAAUAUUUACAUUUUCCAGGAUCCUGCUAUUGUUGGUGCUAUGGACUGCCUAAGUAAAAACAUAGAGAAAGAGAAAAACAAGAUGGACCCUUAUGUUAUGUCCUUAGUAGCUUAUGCUAAUGCUCUUUACAAGUCGAAUAGCCCAGCUACCAUUAAAAUAAUAAGAGAAUUGGAAGCAAAAGCUAAAAAAGAUGGUAAACCAAUUUACUUUCUGUCAUCUAUUACUGAUUACUGUUGUGAAUCUUAUCUUUUUCCCCAGAUAAUUUUUUAAAAAUCCUUUAAUUUUAUUUUUUUAAAUAUCAUUCGCAAAAGAGAUAAUUAAAAUUCAAAUGGUUAUUUGGCAGCAUAAGUUAAGAAAAUGCGUUGCUUUAAAUUAUUGUUUGGCUUUUUGUAAAUUUAAAAAGUAUCUUUCAAUUAGGACGCUAAAGAAUUUAAUGUUUUUCUAUAUAAUUCAAACAAGAACCCUAUAAACCAACCAGGCAAAUAGAUAUUGUUAAAACUGCCAUACAAUUUUAUUGAAAUAAAGUUUAUUACCAUUUCACAUAAUAUCUAUAAACUAAUCAUAUUUAACAUUAAUUUGGGCUGCCUUGUAACCUACUUGUGGCAUGCUUCCACUUCACAACCUAUUAUAACAGUUUGGAAUUUAUUAUAUUUAAAAAAAAAUUCAGUUUCAUUUGUUGAGCAAAAACAAAUUCAUAACUAUUUCAAUUGAAGGUUCUCAAAAGUACUGGUCUAGAGAAGAGCCCAAAGCAAGACCUGUUGACUCAUGGCAUUUGUAUGCUGCUCCAUCUGCUGAAGUAGAAAUGACAUCUUAUGCUUUGAUGGCCUAUGUUACACACUAUGGGCCUCGUGCUAUUGAGCAUACCCAUGAUGUUGCCAUGUGGCUCUCCAAACAAAGAAAUGCAUUUGGUGGAUUUUCCUCAACUCAGGUCCUAAAUUUUCUUUUUUAUAAUGUUAGGCUCUUAUUAAGUUUGACAGGAUUUUAAAAUAAAAAAACUGUUGUUUAUUUUUAGUAAUAUUAGGCAGUAAUUAAUAAUACAUUUAUUUAAAAAAUAAAACAUUAAAAAUGAAAUUAUGUUUUGUAGUCUUACACAAAAGCAAAGAAUUGAUGAGCAAAAACCAGCAUACAAAUUCAAUUAAGAGUUGUUAUGUUUCCAUUAAGAAAUACCCUUGACUUUUAGUCUAAAUAACCAAAGAACUUAGAUAUCCAAAUCUAACUUUUCUUAAUGUGCACUAUUUUAUGUGACAUAUAUCAUUUAUUUUUACAGGACACUGUUAUUGGUCUCAAUGCUCUAUCUGAGUUUGCCAGUUUAUCUUUCACUAAAGGAAAACAAGAGCUGAAAGUUUCAGUAGCUGGUGAAAAAUUAUCUCAGGUGUUUAGCAUUUCACAGAAAGAAAAGACAACACUUCUGCUACAAAGUACUCCAAUUUCUGUUUUGCCUAACACACUUGUCAUUGUUGCCAGAGGUGAAGGCUGUGCACUAGUUCAGGUAGUUAUAGGUCUAUUGAUGAAGAAUUUUUUUAAAAUUUGUUAAACAAUCAAACUAAAUAUAAUAUAAAAAAUAAAUGUUAAUAUUCACUGCAAGGUAACACGUCAUGAAAUCUUCAAUUAACUGUCUCAAAUAUUAAAUAGUGUAGGUAUUUCUUAUGAUAACUAUUGAAAUAAUUUUCUUUUAAAACUGUCUGAUUUGUUACAGUUAAACGUCAACUACAAUAAAUUAGCAAAAGAUCUAGCUGCAGAUGGAAAAUCUAAUUUUCACUUGAAAAUUACUCCUAAAUUAUAUGAACCAGAUAUAGACCGAUGUGAUCGCCGUACAAUAGUGAUUAGUGUAGGGUAAGUACUUGUGCUUAAAAAUAAACUUAAUUCACAAUGCAACAUAAUAUAUAUAACAUUUUAGCAUAUCAAUGUUUGAUUUUUUUUAUGAUCUUAAAUGCAAAUAAUUUGUCCAAAGAAAAAAAGUUGAUCUCAUUAUCAAAAGUAGUGAUUUUUAUUUGUUAAAAAUGAUGUUUAUGAAAAGUAAUUAAUGUUGGAUGAAUAAAUACAAUAUCUAAGUGGAUCAGUUUUUUAGGAAAUAUAUGAUCAAAUUCUGAAAGUAUACUCAUAGUGUGUAAUUUUUUGAAAUGAUUUUUAGUUAUCAUUCUUUUGUAAAUGUAACAAAAAUAUAUUUUUUUAAAUGUAUAAUUUUGUUCAUUAAAAUAACUGUGUAGAUCUAAAGGCAAUCAAAAGACACCUGUCGGUAUGGCUCUUGUGACUUUGAAGCUGGUUACAAGUUGGUCUCCAAUUGAGCAGUCUUUGACUAAGGUAGGCUGUGCUUUGUAUUUAAAGAAAAAAUCAACUUUUAAAUCCUAAAUAAUAAACCAAAUAUGAGGAUUUUUUUUUCUCAUAGAAAUUCUUAUAAAUAUUUCUAUUUGUUUUUUCAUUUAUUUUAGCUGGAAUCCCUUUUCCCAAAGUUGGGAAUGAAAAAGAUUGAACAUGAUGAGGAAGAAGGCAUCAUUUCAUUCUAUUUUGAUGAGGUAUUGAAUGGUUUUGAAGCAAUAUGUUGAAUUAUGAAUAAAAAUUAAUAGUAGCCUGUCAUCUGAAUUUAUUAAAUUUAACAAAUAAAGUUUCCAAACUGUUUGAAUUAUUUGUUUCACUAUUUAAAAAAGAUUAAUUUAUUUGUGAUUGUUUUCUUAAGUUAAGCAAAAGAGCUAAAGAAUUUUCAAUAGAUGUUGAGCAAGACAAAGAAUUGGCUGUGUCUAGUCCAAAGGCUGCAGAUGUCAAAGUAUUCUAUUAUUAUGAAACAGGUAGAGAAACAUUAAAACAAGAAUCUAAUGAUUUCAAAAAUGUAUUUAAAUUCAAAUCAAAACUAGAUACUAGGUGAUAUUAAUACAAAGUUAUAAUAUAAUAAAUAAUAUUAUUCCAUAUGAAUAUAUGACUUCAUUUUUUUUUAAAAAAACAGUCUUUUGACACCCUACAACUAACUGCUAAAUGUUUGCCACACAUCAUUCAAUUAUUUAAAGAAAAUAAAUUCUUUCAAUGAGGAGCAUCAAACACAAAAUAUAUAAUAAUACUUUAUUAUACUAAUGGUCCUGUUCUUAGCUAGUAAAAUAUCCCUUCUAAUUUGUUAAAACUCUGUUUGUAUCCAAAUCAUGUGACUCAUUGGUAUGUCAUUUCAGUUCACACUAGUUCUACCUAGUUUAAAAUAAUUAGGCCACCAUGCAGCAACCCCUUCACCCAAAAUUUAAAAAAAAUAUGUAAAAAAUAAUAAUAAUUAAUACACAUCAUUGUAAAGUUAUAUUCAAAACCAUUUGUAUGUUGCAAAUCAUGCCUGAAAAUAUUUUUUUAAUUUGUUUUUAAGUUUUAUGAACUUACAUUUUUUUUCCUUCCAAAACCAGUGUGAUAAAACCUCAGAAGCACUAACCAAAACCAUAUUUGCCCAACUUUAUAAAAAUACAUAAUACCUUAAGAAGCACUGCAACAUUUCUAUUAAUUAAAAUUGUUGUUUAAAUUAUAUGUCCAUUUUAAUGAUUGUUUCUUUCAGAUAUAUCACAUGUUCAGUCUUAUGAACUGAAAACCAUUUGUGGCACAAAACUUGAAAUUCCUAGAAAGAAGCCUGAAACUUCUGACCCACAAGCACCAAUGGAAACUCAGACGAGGAUUGGUUAGCUAUAAUUAUAGACUUACUUGUGACCAAUUAUAUUUUUAAAAAAUAUCUUGUGAUCUCAGCUGUACUAAUGCACUGUAACUUUCAAAUAUUUCUUUUAAAAUUAUACUAUUUUAAUUUUUUGAAAACACUUUUUCAUGUAUUUAACAAUUUUAUUUACAACAGAUGUGAGUGCAGAAUUGCCAAGAUUUUCUGUAAGUUGAAUACCUUUAUGUUCUUUAAAAUAAAAAAUAUUCAUUGAAAAGUGAAGUUAAGAUACAUAUUUGAAAUGGAUUCUAACAGUAGUUUUGACAUCUAUAAAAGAGCAUCAUUUGAUUUUUUAGAAUAAUAUAUUUAUUUCAGUUUUGAUCUCAAGAACUUUAAUUUAUCACUUGAUAAAACUAUUUGAUGUGAAAGCCAUCUCUUCAUGGCUCAAAGUUGUAACAAAUAUAUUAUCUUAUGCAUUAUUUUCAACUAUAAUUAUAUAAAUAUUCAUAUUGGUUCAUUUAAAAAAGCCUACCUUGAAAGAAUCUUAUAGGUAUAGAUUUUUUGCAGUCACAGGCUGAAGGUGACAUAUGCCCAAUUUGCAUUCGAAUUUCAUCAGUGCCUGAGAAUUUCAAAGAUAUGGUUUGCAAUUCUUCUGCAGGUAGAUUUAGCACAAAGAUUUUAAUUUUUGUAUUUGUUUUGUUUAAAAUCAAAUUUUUUAGAAAUUAAAUAUCUCUUUUAUUAAAUGCUCUUUAAUUUUCUUUGUGUGUCUUAUUUCACAGCAUUAAAGACUAAUGCCCAACCCAAUUACAUAGCCUAAAAAUAAAAAACAUUUUGAUGAAAUUAUUAAAAGCUUGCAUAAAGCAAAACUGUGGCAAAUUUAACUUAAAAGAAAAGAAAUGUAAUGUAGGCCCUAUUUAAGAAAUUUUGCUGAAAAAUAUUUUUAUUUUGUUUAUUUCAGCUUACAAAGCUAUGGCUAAAACAGGUGCUAAGAAACCCAUUAAGCUUCUUCAGGAUUUGCGCCCAUCUAACAUAGUAAAGAAAAUCAACAUUUUUGCAGAUUUUAUCAUCCCUUCAGGUUGCAAGUGUGCACUGGUGCAAAAUCCAAGUGAAAGUAAGUUAAGCAACAAAUGUUAUUAGUGUGUAUCACAGUUAUUUUAUCCUCAAUUAGGUUAGUAGAAGACAGUGGUGUGCUGCCAAUCAAGCAAAAACUGGUUUGGUUCUUGUCUGUGAAUCGAUUGCUUUCACUAGACCAGGCAAUGGAUACUAUUUCCACACUCUAAUUGUGUCAUAAUAAUUACCAAGAGAUUGAAAACUUCAAUUUUAAGUUUAAACUAUUAAAUUUAUAAAAUUGUCUAUUUCUUUCUAUUUUGGAUUUUUUUAAACAUUGUUUUUAUUAUUUUGACAUUUUUAAUAACCUGUUCAGUAGAAUAGUGAAAAAUAAACAGUUGGUUUUGCCACAACUGGACUGAACCAUCCUCAGUAGGCCUACAGCCUGUUAGAAGUUGGUUAUGAUCACACUUUUGAUUUCAAUGUUUGUCAUUCUAUCUCUUUAGAUCAAAAAGUCCUUUUCCUUCUGAGUAAGCAAGUAAAAGAGGCUGAUCCUGUCAUCAAACUGGAACGUAGCUCAGUGAUUGCUGUUGGUAGUAGCAGAUUUACUAAGGCAGUUAGACAAGCACAGAGGACAUGUCCAUUGAAAACAAAACGUGCCACUAAACAAUGAAUUAAUAUUUGACUUUUACUGAUAAUAGGAAAAUAAUAAAUUAAAAGUUUAACCAUUUACACCUUUGAAGUUGAAUGUUUUGGGAUAUGUGAUGCUGCAAAACACAUGUUUUCUGUGGCAAAUGAAACAGGAAAACACUGGAUUUUAAUUGCAUAAUUUACAGUAUUGAGCGACAUCUUUUCAAAUGUAAUGGGUUCUGGUAAAAGCUUUUAUUCUUCAAAAUUCCAAAAGUCAAAAAAUUUUUUUUAGUUCUUCCUCUUAAAAGUAAUCAUUGAAGAUCUUAAAUAAGGAUCUUAUUGCUGUACUAAAUUUUGCUUUAUUAUGAAGAAAAAAAUUACUUUGACUUUUAGCUUAGCUUUGGAGUUUUUUUUAAAUUUGAAUAGUUUCUCUACCUUUCUCAUGACAGCAGUUUAAAAAUAUUGUGGAUCAACAGUCAUGCGAAACCAUUGAUGGACAUUUUUUUUAGUGCAUCACUAAACUAAAUAAAAAAAAACUUACUCAUCAAAAUCCAAUUACUAUUUAACCUUAAAUUUAAAAGCAUGAUAUAUUUGUAUAAGUCUUUAAAUGAUCUUAAUCAUUAUAAUAGAGAACAACUAAGAAUCUAUUAAAACUGUAUCAUCCCUAAAUAUUAUCAUGAUCUAAGAGUUAUUAGCUGGAAGUGAACAAGCCAAACAUAGUUUAGGAAUAUAGGUCUAUCUUAUCUUAAAUAUAACCAUCAUUUGCAUUGUUAUAGUUUGGAAAGUUGAAGUUCUUGAAAUUAAUUAACAUUUUUUUUUUUAUAUCAUUGAAUACUCAUCAAGUAAAUGUUCUGUGAUGUUUUCAUAUCUCUGGAUUAAAUUUUGUAACCACUACUCACUCUCCUCUUCAAACAAACAAUAUUUUGUUUUACUUUUUAAACUUCCAUGUUAAUUAUUGAGCAGAAUGGCAUCAGUAUAUUAUAAUUAUAUAUUUGAAUUUUAUACAUUUAAUAAAAAAUUUGUUUAGUUGCAUAAGUGUUCUUUUAAUGUAAAUUAAGAUAUUUAAUGUUUUAAACGUAGACUAGAAACACAUGUAAAGUCAAUAUUUAAAAAAAAAAUAAAAAAGGCUUAAGCCUACCUCUUUCAAUAAAUAAUCCACAUUAAAGUGGGUCUAUUUAAUUUAAACUACCUAAGCCAAGUGUAAUAAGAACAAUGCUGUCCAGAUGCUUUUCAGAAGGUGGAGGACGGGAUCAAAAUUAUUACUAUUUCCAACUAUGCUAGCUCGGCACCCUCCAACUCUGUUAUUAAUGAACUUAUUGUAUUUUUUAAAUGGUAAGUUUAAAUAGGAAUAAAUAUAGGCCUACUAAUACAUGUAAGCGAAUUUAAAUUGAUAGACUCAAUCCCAUAAAGAGGAUGCUGAACAUGUUCGUAUUUUAAAAGUUAAAAAUUUGCCACAGCGUCAUUUCACGGCUCCAUGUGAUUCCCAUCAACUUGAUAAACUUCCCGAGUUUGGGUGAGUAAUUGUUGGUAGCUGCAAUAAUAUGUAGCCUACUAGUUAUAACUCGUCAAACAUUGGCGACGCCGAUGCAGGAGCUUCCCAUCUACUCAAGUUACUUGACAAAACAUGAACUCAAGUAACGCACAUUAAAAUAUCGCAAUUUCCGCUACAACCCUUCCCCAUGUGAUAGGUCAGAGCACACAUUUUAGUUCACGCCCAUGAUAUACAUACUAUUUUAAUAUUCUGAUGCCCCAACCUCUUUUAAACGAAAUAUUUAUUACACCAUAUUUAAAUUUAGACAUUUCAUUUUUCAAAAAUAAAAGAAAAUAUUACGC